GCACAGGAUAUUGGGAUCCAAGCUGAACAUCUCGAGAUUGUGGUUCGAAAAUCCAAGACUGACCAUUAUCGACAAGGAAAUAUAGUUUAUAAAGCAAAAACUAACGUGCCAGCGUGCCCACAUGCUUUGCUUUUACGUUUCUAUUCUCUCACAGUUAUACAGCCACGUUCAAACGAGUACAUUUUUCGUUCGCUGUCAUCGCUGAAGAAAAGUACAUUAAAUAAAGCAGACAACAAACCUUUCAGUUAUUCUCGAUGUCGUGAAAUUGUUAAAGAAACUCUGGCUGCUGUUGGCGAGGAUCCAGCUCAGUUUGGUACGCAUAGUGUGCGAUCUGGAGGUGCAACUGCAAUUGCCGAAUCCAUGAAAGGACUACCAGGGGGCGAUAGGCUGCUCAGACUGCAAGGGCGAUGGAAGUCGGACACCUCAAGGGAUAUGUACAUUAAAGACUCCAUGACUAACAAAUU